AGUUCACGUUUGGAGGAAUAUUGGGACUUUCUAUGCAGCUUACGCUUGUGCGCGGAGUGCAAAGAGCACGGGAAGGCGUGCGCGUAUCAAUACCUUUCAAAUUCAUUCCUUCCCCACUUUAUUCCAACCGUCCAUUUCGUUAAGAUCAACGGACCAAAUCCAUCCCCAAGAAAAACCCCAGAAUCACGCACGAUCUUGAUCUUUCCCUCUCUCCCUUCGUUUCCCAUGCUCGUUCAAAAGAUCUGUUGAGCUUCCUGUGCUGUGUCCAUAAUCCAAUUCCAUUAAUUUUCCAGCAAGAUUCUCGCAUUUUCCAGGAAAAUUGCAACUCAAAAACCCAGUCUUUCCAGCAAAAGGGUGUUGAAGAAAUCCACUAGGGCAUGCUUGGAUAGUGAAGUUUCAAGCUUCCAGUAGAAUGCCGGUGUCAACUAGGUCUCAGAUCGGCUCCGGCCCGGAAGAGAAUGAGCCGCCGAGAAAUCCACCGAGAAAUCCACACCAUGGGUUGAAAGAGAAGAUGAAGGCGCUGAAUCUGUUCUACGAGCAGCAAAAACUCGCCUCCGCGGCUUUGAAAAACGCGGCUCUAAGGCCCGAAGAGCCCCGGUUUUCGACUCAUCCGAGUGUUGAGCUGUUCAGCUCUGGCCGGAGAGAAGAGAAGAAGGAGCAGAAAGAACCCAAACAGUGCCUUCCAAUGAAAGAGAACGCAAUGCACAAUACAACGGUCACCAGGACCUACGUGUUGCCGCAGCCGCCGGCGUUGGAGGACGGGAAAGAGAACGUUGCGGUGGUCGGCGGCGGCGACAGGAUUGUCGGGUUUUCGUGCCCGAGAAAGGCGGCGGUUUCAACCACUGUGGCGAGGAAACUGUCUAUGGGGGCCAAGAAUGGGCAAGAAACGGAGGCUGUUCCGGAGAAAGAGAGCAGUGGGGUCGGAAGUAGGAUUCUGGUAUUCGUGAGGCUUAGGCCUAUGAACAAGAAAGAGAAGGAAGCUGGAUCCCGGUGCUGCGUCCGGAUUGUCAACCGGAGAGACGUUUACCUGACGGAAUUCUCCACCGAGACCGACUAUCUACGGCUGAAGAGGCUCCGGGGACGCCACUUCACCUUUGAUGCCUCCUUCCCUGACUCCACCUCCCAACAGGAGGUCUAUUCUACAACAACCGCGGAGCUGGUGGAAGCUGUUUUACAGGGAAGGAACGGGUCAGUUUUCUGCUAUGGUGCCACAGGAGCCGGGAAAACGUACACCAUGUUGGGUACUGUGGAGAAUCCAGGGGUGAUGGUUUUGGCAAUCAAAGAUCUUUUCAAUAAAAUUCGGCAGAGGAGCUUCGAUGGGAACCAUGUGGUUCAUCUAUCUUAUCUCGAGGUCUAUAAUGAAACUGUUAGAGAUUUGCUUUCUCCAGGAAGGCCCCUAGUCCUUAGAGAAGAUAAACAGGGGAUCGUGGCAGCAGGGCUUACUCAGUAUCGUGCUUAUUCCACAGACGAAGUUAUGGCAUUGCUUCAACAAGGUAACCAAAAUCGAACCACCGAACCUACUCGUGUGAAUGAAACUUCAUCACGUUCCCAUGCUAUUCUGCAGGUUACAGUUGAAUAUCGAGCUAAAGAUGCCUGCAAUAACGUUGUCAACCGAGUAGGGAAGCUGUCACUUAUUGACCUUGCAGGUUCUGAGAGAGCUCUUGCUACUGAUCAGAGAACACUUAGAUCACUUGAGGGUGCCAACAUAAAUAGGUCACUCCUGGCACUAAGCAGCUGUAUCAAUGCCCUCGUCGAGGGCAAGAAACAUAUCCCAUAUCGCAAUUCUAAGCUCACCCAACUUCUCAAGGACUCUCUAGGGGGAGCUUGUAACACUGUAAUGAUAGCCAACAUCAGCCCAAGUAAUCUCUCAUUUGGUGAAACCCAAAACACCCUUCAUUGGGCUGAUCGAGCCAAAGAAAUUCGGACAAAGGCAUCGGAUGCAAAUGAGGAAAUAUUAGAAGCACCUGAAUCUGAAGCAGAUCAGGCUAAGCUAUUACUCGAAUUGCAGAAAGAGAACCGCGAAUUGAGAGCACAAUUGGCACGCCAACAACAAAAGCUCUUAACUCUCCAGACACAAUCCUUGGCGACAAACGCGUCACCAACUCCUUCUUCUGUCAGCUCUCUUUUAUCUCCUCCCCCCUCUGUCCAACCAAACGAAAAGAGAAGGCUCAGAUCCACUUUCUUGCCUGGAAGUUGCUUCACACCAGAUUCAAAGAAGGGGGCAGAUGAGACAGUUAAGGAGCUUCGGAGGACAGUGAAGGCUUUGGAGGCUGAAAUUGGGAGAAUGAGGAAGGAUCAUGCACUGCAGAUAAAGCAGAAGGACGGCAUGAUCCAUGAGCUUUCACGGAAGGGUGGGAAACAACCGGGAGGGGAGGGGACGAAGAGAGUUGUCACGAGGACAAGUUUAAGGCCAAAGCAGCAAAAUGAGGGAGAGUUGAAGAGUCCAUGCCAUCGGUUUCUGUCUCCAGCACCAACGGCUAAGAAACGCAGUUUCUGGGACAUAACUACAGCUAAUAGUCCAUCAGUUGUCACGUUGAAUGGAAGAAAAACUAGAAGUCAUGUCCAUAAUGAUCCUACAGCAGCUCCCUCCAUGCUUCUUCAGCCAGGUUUCGCUCGUCAGAAGCCCUGAACUUCGAAACGGGGAAGGGGGAAGGAGGAUGAGCCAGUAGUGAAGAGAUCAAGCCUGUAAUGACCAAAAGAAGGCAAGAAAAUGACGCCACUUUAUAGGACUAUGGUUUCUUGCUGCUUGAGCCGGUUUGACGCAUAAGACAGAUUACUGCUUGGCUUGUGGUUUUCAUACUUUUUUAUGUUGAUUUCUUCAUCUAAGCUCACCAUUGUGUAACCAGACCUGCCUGACUUUCUAACAAAUGCCUUGUUCAUGGCUAUUGGAGGGCACAAUUUGUUCAAAAUUAUAUUAUCUCAUUUGUUUCUUCUCUUAGCUCCAGAAACAUUUAAUAUUUCAGGAAAUGAUUCAUGUAUCUGUAUAGUUAUUAGCAGCUCAAGUUCUUCGUGUUGAUUUGUGUGAU